GAUUCAGACUUCCAGGCAAUGAUCCAGGCCUGCACUGAUCUGGCCGACUCAUUUGAGAACUUUGAUGAUGACGAGGAGGAGGAUGAUGGUGAUUUCACUGAGUCGGAGGAUGGGGAUCUGGUAGCCAAGUGUGACAAGGAGACCAACACAGAAGGUGGAGACUACAAGCUGAAAGAAGUCCGACACAGGGCCCCUCACCACCACCACCAUCAUCAUCAUCAUAAGACCCAGCACUAUGCAGAUAGCCUCCGCAGUAGUACGAUCAGGCGGUCUCAGACGUUUUCCCCAACGUGCAGACAGCAGCCUCCUGGUUAUGUCUGCAAGCUGAAUCGCAGUGAUAGUGACAGUUCCAUCCCGCUGUACAGGAGAACUCCUUUCCAGAGAAACACGGUCAGCAGGCGGAGUUUACGCUGGAAGAGGGCUGAUGGGUCAGUUGGUGUGAUGCCAGUAACUGGGCAGCUCCCGUUCCGAACUUCUUUAGAUCUGGAGCUUGACCUGCAGGCCUCGCACACAAAACUGUCACACUUGGUGGAUGAGAUCACCAGGUUGAAGGAGCUGAAGCGGACGCUGGAGGAGUCAAAGAACAAAGGUCAGUGGGAGUUGCCAGAAUGGCUGUCAGAAAAUGAAAAGUUUCAUCGUUUGCUUUCAAUGGCUGAAAAACUGCAUCAUUGUGUGCAAGCAUCUUCAAGUGGUGAUCGGAGAGAGUACAUCUCAAAGCAGGACAAGAGAGCUGAACACCUUAUGAAGAAAGUCACCAAAGAUGUGCACAAAAUGAGGCGGGGCUCGCAUCAGUCUCGGAUGUUUAAUUUCAGAGAAAAGAUGGCGUUUUUCACAAGUUCCAACAUGGAUGUCCCUGUGAUACCCUCUGAUGUCCUGAAGUCUGUCUCAGCCUCUCGGAGGCCAUCCAGAAGUGACAGUGUGGAAGAAGGAGUUACAUCAUCUGUACAAUCAGCCGUCUCUGUCCAUUACUCAUCAGCUUCAGCACCGGUUGAGACAUUCAGCUGUAAGCCGGCCGGUUCUCAGACCCCCAUACAAUCUUCACCUUUGUUUUCCUCGCAGCCGUUGCCGCACAAUCAAAACCUGUCCCUGAACACUUCUGCUGCAUUGAGUUCACCUAGUAAUAACGCAGCGAGCAGCGUAGACAAAUCUCUGCUGUGCAAAGUAGAUUCACAUUCGAAAAUUAAUUCAACAGUUUCAUCUGAUCCCUCAGUGCAAAGUAAUAAUUCAUCAGCACACACGUUGUCAUCAACUGCUGAAAAACAGAUUGUAACGUCACAGGUGAUUUCCCAACAACAACACCCAACCCAUGAAACUGUUACCUCCUCACCGUUAUUACCCUGUGGUGGGGACACUGUCAGCCUGGGUGGGGAUCGAACCAAAGGGUCUGAUCACCCCUGGGCUCCUGUGACCCCGUUUUUCUUGGACAGUCGACUCGGAGAAGAAGUUUAA